GUUAUGUCCGGCCGGGGCAAACAAGGAGGCAAGGCCCGCGCCAAGGCCAAGUCACGGUCGUCCCGCGCCGGGCUGCAGUUCCCGGUGGGGCGCGUGCACCGGCUGCUGCGCAAGGGCAACUACGCGGAGCGCGUGGGCGCCGGCGCGCCGGUGUACAUGGCGGCCGUGCUGGAGUACCUCACGGCCGAGAUCCUGGAGCUGGCCGGCAACGCGGCCCGCGACAACAAGAAGACCCGCAUCAUCCCGCGCCACCUGCAGCUGGCCAUCCGCAACGACGAGGAGCUCAACAAGCUGCUGGGUAAAGUGACGAUCGCGCAGGGCGGCGUCCUGCCCAACAUCCAGGCCGUGCUGCUGCCCAAAAAGACGGAGAGCCACAAGGCUAAGAGCAAGUGAAAUUCACACAAAUUCAAAAAGGCUCUUUUUAGAGCCACCAAGUCUUCAUAGAAGGAGCUAACGCGCUAGUGUGUGACCAGCCCUUUGGUUGACACUUUGGUGGCUCUUAAAAGAGCCUUUGUGUAUGGAGAAAGGAUAAUAGUUAUUUAUUCUUUCCAGGCUUAUGACUCUCCGUUUUU